UUUCACUCCCUCGACGGGUCCGCCAUAUUCAAACCCCUGAGGGUGUUUGCGUCAUUUCGGCUCUCACUCCGGCGGCUCAUCUGAAUAUAUAUAUUUCACUCACACUCCAUAGCUUAAACUUGACUUUCCCCCAAAAUCUAGAUUCUCUUCGAUUUCGCCGGCGGCGCCACCACCACCAAAUUCCGAGAAAUGGAGUCAGCCACGCUAUCGCAAAUCGGUCUCGCUGGUUUGGCAGUCAUGGGGCAGAACUUGGCCCUAAACAUUGCCGAGAAAGGGUUUCCCAUCUCUGUUUACAAUCGCACUACAUCCAAAGUCGACGAAACCCUAGAUCGCGCCCACCGCGAGGGCCAAUUGCCGCUCACCGGCCACUACAACCCCAAGGAUUUCGUCCUCUCCCUCCAGAAGCCGCGCUCUGUUAUCAUCCUCGUCAAGGCGGGUGCGCCGGUCGAUCAGACAAUCGCCGCCCUCUCCGCCUACAUGGAGCCUGGCGACACCAUCAUCGAUGGGGGAAACGAGUGGUACGAGAACACCGAGCGCCGCAUGGUCGAUGCAUCUGCCAAUGGUCUGCUCUACCUCGGCAUGGGCGUCUCCGGUGGCGAGGACGGCGCCAGAUAUGGUCCCUCUCUGAUGCCUGGUGGCUCCCACCGUGCUUACUUGAAUAUUCACAAUAUUUUAGACAAGGUCGCGGCUCAGGUCGACGAUGGCCCCUGCGUCACCUACAUCGGUGAAGGGGGUUCCGGCAAUUUCGUGAAGAUGGUCCAUAAUGGGAUCGAGUAUGGUGAUAUGCAACUCAUUUCUGAGGCGUAUGAUGUGUUGAAGAAUGUUGGGGGUUUAGGUAACGAUGAGCUCGCCGAGAUUUUUGGGGAAUGGAAUCGCGGUGAGCUGGAGAGCUUCUUGAUUGAGAUCACAUCCGACAUCUUUAAGGUGGAGGAUCAUGAAUCCGGGAAGGGGCAUUUGGUGGAUAAGAUUCUUGACAAGACGGGGAUGAAGGGAACUGGGAAGUGGACCGUGCAGCAGGCAGCCGAGCUGUCCAUUGCAGCUCCCACUAUUGCUGCUUCGUUGGACAGCAGGUAUAUGAGCGGGUUGAAGGAUGAGAGAGAGGCUGCCUCCGAGAUUUUCAGAAAGGAAGGGUUGACGGAGGAGAUCAACAAUGUGGGGGGCGUGGAUAAGAAGAAGUUGGUUGAUGAUGUUAGGCAGGCCCUUUAUGCAUCCAAGAUUUGCAGUUACGCGCAAGGGAUGAAUCUGUUGAGGGCCAAGAGUUUGGAGAAGGGGUGGGGAUUAAAUUUGGGGGAGCUGGCACGGAUUUGGAAAGGUGGGUGCAUUAUUAGGGCCGUGUUCUUGGACAGGAUCAAGCAGGCUUAUCAGAGGAAUCCGGGGCUGGCUAAUUUGUUGGUAGACCCAGAAUUUGCUAGGGAGAUGGUGCAGAGGCAGGCGGCUUGGAGACGAGUUGUGGGGUUGGCAAUUGAGAAGGGCGUUAGUGUUCCUGGAAUGUCAGCUAGUUUGCAGUAUUUUGAUACCUAUAGGCGUGGGAGGCUCCCUGCUAACCUUGUGCAGGCGCAGAGGGACUACUUUGGGGCGCAUACCUAUGAGAGGGUUGAUCGCCCGGGAGCAUAUCACACUGAGUGGUCCAAGCUUGCUCGUAAAGCUAGGGUCUAGUGGAGAAGGCCUUGUUUGAGGUUUGGUUGUUAUUCCUAUGGUUUUCUUGAGGCAUUAAGCUUGAAUUGAAGUUGUAUCCCCUGAUGAGAAUUUGUUGUUGACAAAAAUAUUUUGUAGCAUUGCAUUGUUGUUGCGUAUGCAGUUAAUAAGAGAAGCAUGCCUUAUUUUGAA